UUUGGAGCGGCUCACCGUGCCUCAGCAGCAGGCCUUGGAAUGCCACAGCCUUCAGGAAGGGGACACCUUUAAGGCUUUAAGGCUAACCUUGGAUUUCUUGCCAUUAAUCCUUUGGAAUUGUUUGUAUGCGUUGUGUGCAAGCGUAGCAGCGUAGCAUGCCAUGCUGAGUCUUCAUUCUUCAAGACUGACUGUCGAUUCGUCGAUUAGAAGCUUUUCUUUGGUUGUUUGAAACGAUUGGCACUGCAACGUAGCCUUUAGGAACAUGUUUGCUGUUGUGCCAGUAGGUACAAGUAGGCCUUGUUUUCAAGUAGGGCUGAGAGGUCCUUGGUGUGCUUGCAGGGACCAGAAAGAAACAGGACGAUUUUUUGGGAGGACACGUCUAUCUCCUUCGCUCAGCCGUUGCCCCUUACAGUUUCGUGAAGAAGAAUGUGUCAAGGGCUGAUGGCAGAAGACCCACACGCUACAUUUGCAUGUGCAUCAUCCUCCUUGUCAGAUUGCCUCCAAGUUUUUUCCACGCGAACGAACUCCCCGCAAAGUGAAGCAAAUCCAAGCAGAUCAAACCAGAUCCCGUUCACAGCACGAGUCAUCACCGCUUUCUUUGACAUUUGAAAAGUUCUACUGGAAUCAUGAGCCGCAUGAGCUCUGACAAGAUCUCUCGCCCAUGGCGCAGGCUGCUGAAGCUCUUCACCAUUGCGGCUCUUGGCGCUCUUCGCGGAUGGGUGUUCGCAGCCCCUGGACCCAGAUUCACAUCUCACCUGACCCGCCAUGCUGGCACUGGAGGUUUGGAGGAUAUCCAGAAGAUGAGGGCUCGAGAGAUCAAGAAAGAGUUGGAGGAUGCAGGUGUCGAUAUCUCUGACAUCUUUGACAAGGAUGAUCUGGUGGAGCGUCUUCACCAGCUCCGCAGCGGUGUCAUCCAUGGAACUUCCACCUCCACCUCCGCUGAUUCCAGUGAUCGCUGCGAUCGCAGCGGGGUGGCUUCAGAGCACGACGGUGCGGGUGCCGAUACCACCGAGGGUGCGAGCUCGGAGGCGAGAAGUGCGCCAGGCCCUCAGAGUCACUCGAGCGACACCAGUGAGCCAAGCGACUUGAUGGCAAAGUGCAAGGCCAUGAGAGUGAAAGAGCUGAGAACUGAGCUUGGGCAGCGAGGCAUCAGUUGGGCAGAUGCCUUAGAUAAGGAUGAACUUGUUGAACGCCUUGCCGGAGUUCUACAGAAGGAAGCCUUAUUUUGCAGUUCAGGCCGACUAAAGCCGGGCAUGGUCACCAAGAUUACUGGUGCAGAGUUGGAAGAAGAGCUCCGAGAUUCAACCACUCCGUUGCUUUUGGAUGUCUAUGCCGUUUGGUGUGGACCCUGCAAGAUGAUGGAGCCUCAGCUGGCGAAUGCUGCCAAGGCCUUGGGGAACCGCGUUCGUGUGGCGAAGAUGGACUCGGAUGAGGAGACCAAUGCCUCCAGCAAGCUGAGAGUUGAAGGACUUCCGACCCUCAUCUUGUUUGAUCGUAAAGGAAAUGUGGCACAGCGAGUUGAGGGUGCCUUGAUGGAGCAGCAAAUUAUCGAUCUAGUUAAUUCAGCCAAUCUCUGAGCACCAAACUGUGCAGACCAGAGGUUGCAGAACGAAGAGGUCGGAUCAACGACAUGUUGUCUUUUCAAUGGAAUUCUUUAUAUAUACAUACCAAAUCAUAGCAGAGGGUCCAGCUAGAAAGGACCAAUCUCAUUGAGUCAAUGGACCAGUGGGGGGCUUUUAAGAAUGGACAUGCUUUGGAUGCUUUGAAGAAACAUUUGUGUCUGCUGCAUUAGUGUUGGCACGAACGCGCUUUCUUGAGGCUUGAUCGAGAGAGCACGUUGUUUUCAGAGGUUGAAAUUGUAAACAUGAACAGGUCUUGAAGAAGUAUGUUUUUUUCUUAGUGGGAAAAAAGCCACACAAUUCACAAUUAUCUAAAACAAAGAAGGACAGGAAAAGAGAAAAAGAACAACAAUAAAAGGAAAGAACGGCCACUGAUGUGAAUCCUUUCCAUCGAGGCUGGGUCUUAGCCAAUGCUGUGACGG